CGCAGCGCACUCAAGCCUGCUUUCUUGCACUACCUAAGUUAUAAGUUACUUUUAGUUUUGGUCUGUACAGUACGAAUAAAUACAUUAUUACUGGACUUCGUGUUAAGCCAUAAAACACCUUCAUCCACCUCACGUUCCGCAAAAACAUAAACCGAUUGUCAUAACCUUUUCGCAAUGUGGUUGCGUUUACAGUGUCGCUUGCGUGAAUGUUUGAAUAACUUGUUUAGUAUUUGAUAAAUAGUGUGCUUUUUCUUUUGCCAAUAUUCAAUCUUACGAAUUUUGAUUAAUGCAAUUUUGUAAUGUUACAGAAAGUAUCUUUAUCGCCGUUAAUUUAUCUCUACUUAGUUUUGUAAGAUAAUGGGAACUAGAGCAGUGCCUGUAACAUCAGCAGCAAGUGCAGUCGUGGUACCAGGUGAAUCUAAUUUUGCUGCAGUCAUGAGGCUUUUAGAAGACUUAGCUAGGCUCUCGGAAGACAAGGAGUCUGCCGAUGUGGUAUUUCUUCUUGGCAGAGAAGAAACUCCGGUUUACGCUCACAGAAUAAUCAUGCAAGCCAGGUGUAAGAACUUUUCUGUGGGAAAGCGUACUGGAUCAGCUGGUAAUCCUACUCCCAUAAGAAUGCCACACGCACACCCGGAAACUUUCAGACGGUUUAUUCAUUAUAUUUACACGGGCAAGAUAAUACUGGAGGACAGUGGAAUAUUUGAGAUGCUAGGUCUUGCACAGGAAAUGGGUGUAGAGGAGUUAUGGCAAAGUUGCGAAGAACAUGUCUCGAUGACUCUGAGUCCUGGCAAUGCUUGUACGCUGCUAAGUGCUGCACUCGAUGCUCAAGAAAGAGUUCUUGGAGGAACAGGAGCAUGCUCGUCUUUUAUUGAAAAGUGUUUUGCGUAUAUUGGAGAGAAUGCCAUAGAUACCGUCAAGACCAAUGCAUUUUGCAAUUUGCCAAAGGAUGCAGUAAUCAAACUCAUCUCGUCGGACUAUUUAGGUUUGGAAGAAGAAGAUGUAUGGAGAGCUGUACUCAACUGGGCAAAAUAUCAAGCAGGUGUUACUCAACCUACGCAACACUGGACUGAAGAGGAAAGAGCCAGAGUUUGUCAAUACUUGGCUGGCGUGAUAAAUCACGUUAGGCUGUUACUGAUAGACAGCCAAGUUUUUGCAGAGGAAGUUGAACCUACCGGAGCUGUGCCCAUUGAGUUAUCCUUGGAGAGAUACAGGAUUGCAGCGUUGCCUAAGAAACAUGCAGACAACUGUUCGGACAAGCGACUCCAGCCACGAGUUGGUCCAUUCUUGUUUCCUGGCUCGCAGAUUCUCUCGAAAGAUAAAAUAGGAUUCCAAAGACUACUAAACCAGUGGUACGGUGUUCCCAAGCAGUCAUGGAGACUGCAGUAUCGAGCCUCGAGUCAUGGAUACACGGCUUCGACUUUUCAUAAGUACUGCGAUGGGGUGUCACCAACCUAUGUUAUAUGUCUUGGACCAAGAGGACAGAUCUGCGGUGGCUUCAGUGAUAUUCCAUGGGGCAAAACAAGCACCAAGGUACAUCAUUAUAUUCCCUCGGAUAGAGCCUUUCUCUUCACGCUCAUCAAUGAUCAAGAUGUGGCACCAACGAAAUUUGAUGUUGUGAAAAAACCAUUCGCAAUUUGCUACCAUCCGGAUAUAGGGCCUAUCUUUGGUGCUGGAGCUGAUUUAUUAAUUUCCAGCAAUUGCAAUAUGAAUAUGGACAGCUAUAGUAACUUGCCUCAUAGCUACGAGGGCGAGAAUGCUUCGAAUGCAAUUUUAAUGGGUGAUUAUUAUUUUUCCGUCGUUGAUUAUGAAGUGUUUACUUUGAGUAACGUUUCGGGAAAAUCAAGUCAUUGAUAUUUUCUAUGUAUGUUAUACAUAUUUAAUAUUUUUUUCUCCUACACCAUUUCAAAAAAUGGCAGGGAAGAUGGGUCUACAUACACUCAUGACUAAUGCGUUCAAGUACCUAUAAUGUACUUUUGCAGCGUUCUACAUGGACGUAAUUCUUGAAGUCAUAAUAACAAUAAUAAUAACAAUAUUGUUAUUCCAAGUAAUAAGUCAUAGUUUUGUAAGCUAUCAUUUUCUGUAUGGCCAUAUCAAUCGUUGUACUUUUUAUUUUAUCUACGAGUUUUUAAAAUGUUACGUGGGCCUCGGGAACAGUAUUAUAUCGAAACGUCCAUCGCACUUAUGUUAAAAUACUCAAUUUUUUAAUCAAAUGUCACUGAAAUUUUUAUAUACAACUUUUAUAAUACGAUAUA